CAAAAUUUUAUUAUGAAAAAAAUGUGCGAAAAGUUCAUAAAAUAUCUUCUAUUUUUCAUAGUGGCAGUGCAAAUAACGGUAUGGAUUGUAGUAACGAGACUUAUGUUUAAUACUGAUAACUCAAAGCAAACAGCUGUUUUAGAAGAGCUUUCAAAUGAAAUUGAAACACCGCAGAUUAAAAUACAAAAAGCCCCCUCCUACGAGCAGUCCAUCAUUAUGGUGCGUCAUUUCUUGAAAGGCGCUGGCGGCUACAUCGCCUUGAGUUACAACGUUUUUGGACACAUAAUUGAGCAUCCACACUCUGAGCUUGUUACCUUUCCAUAUUACGAGGUCUUCGAGGGUCUUGACGACUAUCAGCCUUGGCUGCGCGUCUUCUUGCUGCGCACUACAACUGAAACAAAGCCACAAACUUGGGAGCAGCACGUAGAAGGUUUCGAGUGUAGCGGACAAUAUUUCAUUGGUUUGGAGUUAUUGCAGUUUAUUCUUAAUCUACAAAGCGUCAAGCUAUUGGCUCUGUUUCGCGACGAAGGUGAUGCGCAAUAUCUGCGUUAUGCGUUAUAUGACGAUUUCGUAAUGGGGAACGUAACGGAGGCGUAUCGCAUUAAGAAUUUGGGCAUGUUCGUCGGUAAUACCGAAAAUUGGUUGAGCGCUUAUUUGGAUAAAGCUUAUGUGGAGUUUAAUGUGAGCGAUGCUGAAGAGAAGCAACGCUAUGAGGAUCGUUGUCCGAUGUUGGCAUUGCAGGGCUGGUGGGGUGGUGCGAAUAUGUUCUGCAAAUUACCGUUAUCAUUUCGUGGCUCUUUGGAACUCUACAUUCGACCAUUCGGCAGAGCAUUUCAAUUGAUGGAGGUGUAAAUUGCAAUUUGCCAAGUUUCAGAGCGAAAGUUCGAAAAUAUUUUUAUUAUUAAUAUAUUUAAUUAGAUAUUAAAAGUCGAGAAAUCUACUUUACAAAAAUAGCUAGUAUUUACAUUUGCUAAGAAAGGCCUGUUUUACUACAAAACCUAAAGUCACAGGAAUAGGUCGAAGUCUGAUAAUAUAUCUGAAGCAAUUUUAUCCGAAAAAAG